CGUUUGAAUCGACUCAGGCAGACUGUUGGGCUCCUCGGGCUUAUCAAGCUGCGCCUGGGUGUGUUUGACUUUCAGCUCUCUCUUCACGCACAGAGUCAGACGGUGACUCUUAACAUCAUCUCUGCCAAGCACACUGAAACAGGUGCCGGCUGCAAUGCCGGGGUUUGCUCGGUCUAUGUUUAGCGUCGGUGCUUUAGCUGGUAAGCUAACUCAUUAACCGUCUUCUGGUUAGCGUUUGAGCGUCACCAUGGUGACGGACCGUGGCAGAGGCAGAGGGGACGUCGCCCGGAGACGCAAGCCGAAAGCGAAGCCGGCCAAGGGCUCGAAGACCCCGCAGCGAGCCCGGAAAGACACCCGGCGGAGGGCCGCGGUGACCCGUCCGAAGAGGAAGAAGCUGCCCAAAAGAGUUCCUGCCAAGAAAGAAGAACAGGAUCACAGCGAUUCAGACACGUGUGAGGAUGAAGUUGCUCCACCUGCCAGGAAAGUCAUCAGGAGAUCUCCAAGACUUCAGGAACCUUCAGGUGGAAAGAGGAGCGGGGUGAGGAGAAGCACCAGGUCGACCAAACAGACGAGCAGAUAUCAGGCCUCCAACACGAUUGAUGGCAUCAACAACAACCAGGCAGACCUGAAAGGGAUGGAUCGCCUGAAGAAAAAUCAACAGAUUAGUAACAACAAAGACGGAAAGAAUAACUCUAAAGCCCAGAAGAAAACACCGGCACCGCUGCAAACAGACCUCAGUGACACCGACGAUGACAACGGCGAUGCCGCUGACGUAGAUAGUGGACUGGGAACAACUGCAGAUGAGGACAGUAACUGCAGCGUGAACCAGAACUUUGAUGCCAGACUGGGCCAAGCUUCAUCGCUGUACAAGGGAGCCAGCAACGAGUUCCUGAAACGAACCUUCCAGAUCAACCCGUCAGGAACCGACACGACCCGCAGGCGUGCCUUCAGAACCACUCAGAGCGUGUGGUCAAAUCAGUCUGACGACGACGACUCGGGUGACGAGGACGAAAAGGACUCGAGCAGCUGCCGUGCACUCGGUCUCCGAACGGAGGAGCUUUUCAGUACUCGCAGAGACAAGCUGGCUGGGGGAGCAGGUCUGGCAGACAUUGAUCCCAUGGCUAUUGAUCAGUUGGUGGGCUUUGACAGCGUCGGUGGGCUGUCGGGUCACAUCUCAGCUCUAAAGGAGAUGGUCGUCUUCCCUCUUCUCUACCCAGAAGUCUUUGACAAUUUCAAGAUUCAGCCUCCCAGAGGUUGUCUGUUCUACGGCCCCCCUGGGACGGGGAAAACCCUGGUUGCGCGGGCGUUGGCCAACGAGUGUAGCCAUGGCAACAGGAAGGUGUCCUUCUUCAUGAGGAAGGGAGCUGACUGCCUCAGCAAGUGGGUGGGCGAGUCGGAGCGGCAGCUGCGGCUGCUGUUUGAGCAGGCUUAUCAGAGACGUCCCUCCAUCAUCUUCUUCGACGAGAUUGAUGGCCUGGCUCCCGUUCGAUCCAGCAAACAAGAUCAGAUUCACAGCUCAAUUGUGUCCACUCUGCUGGCUCUGAUGGACGGGUUGGACAGUCGAGGGGAAGUUGUGGUGAUCGGCGCGACAAACAGGCUCGACUCCAUCGACCCAGCUCUGCGGCGUCCCGGACGAUUUGAUAGGGAGUUUCUGUUUGGCCUUCCAGACAAAGAGUCUCGUAAAGAGAUCCUGAAGAUCCACACCCGGCUGUGGAAACCUCCUCCUUCGGAAGACUUUCUGGAUGAACUUGCAGAAAAAUGCGUUGGUUACUGCGGUGCUGACAUUAGGGCAGUGUGCACCGAGGCGGCGCUGUGCGCGCUGCGUCGCCGCUACCCACAGAUCUACGGAACCUCCCAGAAGCUCUUGCUGGACGUCUCCUCCAUCUCCGUUAGCAGCUGCGACUUUGUGGCAGCCAUGAGGAAGAUGAAGCCGGCCUCUCAACGUUCCAACGCUUGUCCUACAAAACCGCUGUCGACGGUGGUUCAGCCCCUGCUGAGCGCCGCUCUGCAGCACAUCCUGGAGGUUCUGCAGAAGUUGUUUCCACACGCUGAGCAAGGGAUGAAGAGGAAGAGGGAGCCGGAUCUGACCUCUGGUAUCCUCGAUGAUGGUCUGAUGAACGGCGGAGAUGAAGGCUCCACCUGCAGCAUCUCUGCCCCUUCUACCUCCCAGAACAAGAACUUCCUGCACUUUGCCAGGAGUGCGGUCAAGCAUCCAACGUCCCACCGCCCCCGAAUGCUCCUGGCUGGUCGCCCUGACUCUGGUCAGACCUCCCACUUGGCCCCUGCCAUUCUGCACGCCCUGGAGCGCUUCACCGUCCACAGCCUAGAUUCUGCUGUGCUGUUUGGGGUCAGCUGCACCUCACCCGAGGAAGCCUGUGCACAGGUGUUCUGCGAGGCCAAACGAACGUCUCCCAGCAUCCUGUACAUCCCUCACAUCCAGCAGUGGUGGGAAACGGCAGGAGCAGCACUUAGGGCCUCCUUUCUCAGCCUGCUGGGCAGCAUCCCCUCAUUCUCCCCCAUCCUCCUGCUCGCCACCUGCAGCCUCCCCCACCAGGAGCUGGACCCAGAGAUACAAUCUUUGUUUCGGGAGGAGUAUGGGGAGAUAUAUACCAUGACCGUUCCCACCCGGCAGGAGAGGACAGAGUUCUUCCAGGAUCUCAUUCUGAACCAGGCAGCUGAGCCUCCACCAUCCAAGAACAAAGCAAUGACCCAGAACAUGGAGAUCCUUCCCGUGGCUCCACUCCCUCCCCUGAGACAGAUGUCUGAGCAGGAGCGCCUCCGUCUGGAGGAGCAGGAGGAGGACGUGCUGAGGGAGCUCCGCCUCUUCCUCCGUAACCUCACAGAGCGCCUGAUGCUGGACCGCCGCUUCAAGGCCUUCGUCAAACCCGUCGACAUAGAGGAGGUCCCAGACUACCUCAUGGUGAUCCAGAAGCCCAUGGACCUGUCCACGCUGCUGUCCAACAUCGAUGAGCAUAAAUAUGUCACCAUUAAGGAGUUCAUGUCGGAUGCAGACCUGAUCUGGCAGAACGCUCUCGAGUACAACCCUGACAGCGACCCAGCAGAUCGUCACAUCCGACACCGUGCGUGUGCCCUGAAGGACACAAUGCGAGUCAUCGUCAGAGACGAACUGGACAAGGACUUCCAGAGGGUCUGCGAGGAAAUUAGAGAAUCUCGGAUAGAGAGAGCGUUAUCCUACAGGGCCAGAGCCAAUCUAGAGUUGACCAACGGCUUCUACAACUCGGUGUUCCCAAGAAACAGCACCGGACCUGGAGCGUGUAAGAAAAGAUGUUUCAAAACUACCCGAAAAUCCAAGUGGAGCACAGGUGUCGUUAGGAAACGGCAAACAAAGAAGACAGCUUCCACCUCCUCCUCCUCCUCCUCGAUGUCCAGCGGAGCCAGUUUGGAUUCGAGCACAGACGGAACCGGAGGGGGGAAUGGUUCUGCCGGCCAAAGCUCCUCCAGUUUGUCAGACAGCAGCGACGACGACGACGAGAACAUCUUCCUGGCUGUUAACAGGCGCCAUCGCGCAUUCAAAGAGCUCCAAAAACGCCUAAAACAAAGAUGCAACCAACCCAGCAGGAGCGCGCCCCAAAUUAGGCGGCAAAGCCAGCCUUCACAGUCCGACCCGACCCGAAGGAAGGCACUGACGGAGUUUUAUUUAAAGAAAUUAGAGAGGCAGAGGAAGGGUGAGAUGAGGGCAAACAAGGCUGUCUUCGAGCAAAUACAGUUCAACAAGGACAGAUCUGCAGAGAGCGUUGAAGAGCAAGCACCCCCGCUGGUAGUCGACCGCAAAAGGCUGAAGGAACUCCUGAGCAGAGCCGUAGCUAAAACAGAGGGCGCUGAGGUGGAGCCUCUGGAGAAGCUUUACGCUCUGUUGGCUCAAUGCAUCUACAGACACAGAAACGACUACAACAAGACGGAGCUUCUUAAGGAAAUGAAGAAGGAGGUUGAAACCUUUUCCUGAGCUAUCAUAAUAAAACCCGAGUCACUUUAAAUGUAAAGUUUAUUUUCUCUGGUAUUUAUAUCAAAGUAUAUUUAUAAAGUGUAACAAACAUUCAAAAAUACCUCAGUAUUUUAAGUAUUGCUUCAGAUGCUAUUAACAUUUCUUCCUUUGACAUUUUUACAAAAACGUUAAGGCUUAUGACCAACUGGUUUAUUUACUAAAUCAGGAUCAGCUUUAUUUGCCAAGUUUGUGAAU